GCGAUAUGACCUUCGCUGUGUUAAUACAUCUUCAAAGUUUGUUUUGGCUACUAAGUUUUGGUCAUGCCCGAGUAUCCUCUAUGUCCUUUUAGUCCAUCCAUCUCAGAAAUACAGCAGGUGAAACGUGAAGAAAUUGAACGUCGAAAAAGGUUAAGAAUUCUUCAGGUUCGAAUGCAAGCCAAAAGAAAUGCUACCAAAGUUAGAAUGUUAUACAAUGCUAAGAAACAGCAGUUAUCAGAUGUUGUUGCAAGAGAUCUUCAAGUAAUCAGUUUUUUCUCAUUUUUCAGAUUAAGCGUGUAAGAGAGGAUAUGAAACUUCUAGAAGCGAAGAAGGAUGAAUAUUGUAAUGUUAUGAAUCAGUACGGAAUUGGACAUAGAUCUGCGGAAAAUUGGGCAAGCUCAAUUUCUUAACCGUUAAAUAGAUUUCCUCAUUAACCAAUUUUUAAAGAUGUGCUAGCCAUAUAUUCUUAAACGUUUCUUAACGUACCAAGUUUUUAGUCACUGUCGUAACGACUUAAUGCAAUGAGGUUUUAAUUCUUUCAUGUAAAAUAAAUACAGGCAACGUCACGUGGCUGAAUUAUGUCAUUCGUUCAACCUACUGCUAUUUUAGUCUAUUAUUCGUCUACAGCUUUCCCCAAGUGUUUCAAUAGUUCUGGACGAAAGAGAAGCUUUUGCUUGACAGGUCUCCGUACGUAGUGUCAGUGAAUCACAGAUAUGGAUAAUAGAUAGUCGUGCAUACCGCAUUAUAUCAGGGACUCAAUGAUUUUUGAGGGUACAGAGAGAAGUGCUACCGGUAGGUAGCUUGAAGGUUCGCUGCGUCGACUGGUGUGAUGUGAGCCAAUUUCCAAUUUUCUGAUAGCAUGCUUCUGCUUAGCGAAUGUCAGAACAUCACGCCAAGCAGUGUUGUCAAGUUUGAAGCUGCUUCUAUCAGUAUAGCAGAAUGGACCACAUCCGAAAAAGGAUAAGUAUCGCUUUCUUAGGUGCUGCGUUUUCUGUUACACCAAUUCGGCGCACGGAUUCACUUCUAAAAGUCCUAUGCAGAUACAAAUUAGUUUUUCAUCAAUAUAGCUUGUGUGGGUCGAUUGGAAUGUCACAGAGUACUGUUCUGCCAGAAGGUCAGCCUUGUCACUUCCAUACCACAUUUUAAUUGCUGGUGUGCAUCUAUAUGUAUAGAUAAACUGAUAUUGACUCCUUGAAAUGUUUGUUAGUGAGAAUAGUUUCAUUAGAUAAUCCAGUUGCUCAUUCGAUUCGACUAAGUAAAUGGAGUAGAUUACGUAGUCGAACUGCCAAUAUUUUCACUGCAUCAGUUCUCAAGUCGUAGUCCGAUAGACUUCUAGAGGUACGAUAGUCAAUCUUAUAAAUAUGUGAAUUUAUACUUUGUAGGAAAGGCAACUAUGUGCUCAGAACUGUGGUUUCCGCUUGCUUAUCAGUUGAGAAAUAAAUGGUAAAAGAUUGAAAUAGUGGUUAUAUAAUAGCAAAUGGUUGUUAUUUUUAUUUUUGCAAGACAUAACCUCGGGGUAUUCUAUUCGGUCUUGUGUUCUAUAUCCUGGUAACUAUCACCGGGAUAAAUCUAUGUAAGUGACGAACUGUGACUUGCAAAGGAAUACAGGACACACAUUUUGUCCUGUUUGAGACCAGUCAGUGAGAUACAUUGACAUCUCACUGUCAAUGGUCGAAGUAGGAUUCGAAUUAAUUUCCUCCCAUUUAGAGUCCUCAACUGGUCAUCUACUGGGUCAUUGUGUCCUGGUAUGCAUUAACUCGUUCAAGAGUUAUGGUGUUUAUAUAAUUAUUGGUUUUGAAUUACCUGUUGUUGUUAUUUUUGAAUGAAUUUUGGUCUUUAGAUGAUGUGUUUGAUGUUCGGAGCGAAAGUUACUGGGUCUGAGUUGUAGUGUGGACAUGGGCAUUGAUAUGGAGGUACAUUUAACUGAUGAGUCUGAGAUAAAGCGAGAGGUUCAUCCUAUGUUCCACUGCUAGUGACAAUUCAUCUAUUCUAUGAAACAUGUGACUUCAUGACAAUAUCGAUACAAUCUGUUGAGGAUACGUGUGUACUGGACAAGACUGAUCAAAAUCCAGUUAAUAACACUAACAGCGGAAAGAUUCAAAUACUUACAAAUGAAUAAUAACAAGUAAAUCAGGUAUCAAAACUUUGAACCAUAAUGUUUCCAGGCGUCGAUAAUCCCGUCAAGGACACAACAACAAAGAAAAUAUGUCCUAAAAAUAAUCGGAUACGAGUUAAGUUGCAAUGUGUACCAUUUACUUUGAAGACAGCACGCGACUGUAUCAAAUAAGUACAAGCAAUUAACGAAAUGAAUCGAUUUCUCUCCAUUCGGAAUGAGCAAGUUGCUCCGAAUAAGUAGUUUUUGGUGACCAAAACACAAUCGAAACUAAAUAAUGAUGAGAGGAAAGAAAUCUCACUACAUAUAAGAAAACGUAUGUCGAUAUCAAAUGAAAAUGUAGAUUUAUAUGACUGAGAAUUCGCUACAAUGGGGAAAGCACACUGCACAUGUUCCAUAAAAAUGGUCGGUAUUAAUGUGAACUACUGAAUAUUACUAAGUAGUAAAGUGUGACAAAUAGAGAAGCGAGCAAGGCUUUCUACUGAUUACCAUAAGAUAUUUCCAUUCAAUCACAUCAGAUUGUUUUAAUAGUUAAAUAUCGAUCUUUAUCUAAUAAGAUUUGGUUGUCACUGACAUUUGGACCAUCAGCUCAGGUUUUUUUAAUAUCUGGAUGAAUCAGUGAAUCUUAUCUUUUUUGGUGUUUUUACAUUGUAAAUCUAAUUGGCUGACUUAUUUCCGAUCUUUAAUUAUUUAAAUGUCUUUAGACUGAAUGAAAUUUUCGAACCUAUGAAAUUCAUCGCACAAAUUUUCGGGAAUCAAAUAUUUUCAGAAAGCGGGAUUUGUGGAGAUUGUAGUAAUUUAGUAUUUCGUCACUACGAUUUCACUCAUAUUUUCGCACUGAUCAUUUUUGUUCUGAAAGUAAUUUAUGUUAUAUCUUGCAAUUAUAAAAUAUUCUAUUCCGUUUGUGAGUCAAAUAAUCAUAAAAGGUGUGUCAACCUUAUAAGCUUAUUUUAUUUAUCAAGCUACUACGUAUCCGUUUUUGGUUAUUUUAGAAUGAUCCUACCUUAGAAACCUAUUGGAAUCUGUCUGUAGCCCAGAGACGAGCUAAAGAUCGAUUUCAUAUAGCUGUGGACAAAUUGCAUAAAGAAAAGCUAACUCAAGACCUUGCACAACAUGAAACGCAGGAAAGGAUUAAAGAAGUUAGAAAUACUGAGAAAAAACGAGCUGCUUUAAUUGCUUCUCUACCACCACCUAAGGGUAUUCUAUCUGAAGAAAUUCUAAAACCUUCCUUCGCUUGUGAACCCUUGGUUCUUGUGUAUGACAUUGAAGCUAGAAACACAAUACAUACACAAAAUGUGCAAUCCAGAGUAGUUAUUAAAAACAACGAAGUUGACGAAGAAAAAGAUAUUGGAUCUCAAAGUGCUGCGAUUUCAGCGUGCAAAGAAGAACAACGUAUACAAGCAAUUGAGCGUGAAAAUGCCAUUCAUGCCCGUGAAGAUCUUAUCAAAGCUGAUAUGCGUGGACGUCAAGCAAUGAGAAAAGAGCGUGUCCGUCAAUAUUAUCAAGCUUUACUAAAUCGUUUGGAUGAAGUCAAGCGUAAUGAGGCUUCACUUCGUAGAAGUCAAUUAUAUUCCGAAACCGUUAAAAGCUCCCAUGUUCCUGGUGGUGGUCCAUUUAAUGAUGCCGUUGUAAAUCGUCGGAUGGAAAAAGUCUUUGAGGCUGAAUUACUUUAUCAGUUGUCAAAUUUAAAUCGUGAAGAAUACAUCGAUGUUAUUGAAGAAAAUACUUUGGAAAACGAUAAUAAUAAUAAUAAUAAUAACGAUAUAAAUGGAUAUAACGAAGUGUUGGAUAUGGAAUGUAAACAAAAACGCUCAUCCGUAAAGGAUGUAACACUUACUAAUGAUAGUAAUCUCGUUGAACAACCAAUGUCGCUGUCAAAUUAUCGCGUUUUAGAAUUUGAUCAGGAUAUCAAAGAUGUUGAUGAAAUUUCACAUCAUGAUGAACAUUUAAGCAUGGAAGAAGAGGAACUAGUGCAUGAUGAAAAAAAAUCUGUUAACUCGACUGAUUUAGGACCUGGUGAAAGACCAAUUCUACCUGAUAUUCGUCGUUGUCGUAUUCUUUCUGAAUCAAUUAAUCUUACAAAUUCUGUUCAUAAUAUAAACCCUAAUAAGACAUCUAAACUAAUUCAUGGAAAUUCAAAAAUAUCUCCACAGUCUAUUGCAUUAAGUAAAACAUCAUUUGAAAAUAAUUCUGCUAGCGAUAUUUGUACAGACGACGAGAACAUACAGUUACGUCAAAAAUUACUAGAUGAAGAAUUGGACAUGAUUGAUAAACGCAUUAAUCGACUUCGACUCAGCUCGGCUUGUGAUCUUCAUGAAAAUCAGUCACAUUCAGCUAAAUUGUCAAGAAAAGAUUUGAAGGAAUCUACUCAAAUAAAUGACAAUAUAACUCCUAGAAAUAUGUAUAUAGUUGAAGGUUGUGUUUAUGGAGAUAAUGGAGUUAGUGAUAGAAAAGAUUCUUCAAAUUUGCCGAUAGAUUUAUUGAACACAAAACCUAACACAGGUGAAACACCUUCAUUAUCUUUGAUAUCACAACCGACUACAACUGUUGCACUGGACGUGUUUUCUUCUGAAUCGACAGCAGUUGCCCAAAAGAUAAGCACAAGUAUGGCAUCAAAUAAUCAAAGUAGCUAUAACACGGAAUCUACUGUUGUCAAAUAUUGUAUUUCAAAGCCGAUAACAGGUGUUUUGGCUGAACGUGCUCGUGAUCUUAUAAGGAUUCAAAAAGCUAAAUUGUUAAAUCUUGAAAAGUACAAAUCUACAGUUGAACUUUCACAAUCUUCACAUACAUCUAACCAAAGUUCUGUUGAUAUGGACUCGGAGAUUUUCACAAAUUCUCCAGCUACAAAUAUGGAAAUUAGUGAAAACGAAGAUGUAAGUUGUUUCUCUCCAGAUGAUUCGAAACAGACAAUGGAUUAUUGUUCUAUCACUAAAAUUGGGAAACAUUCUUCUAGUUGGCGCACAAAUGACGAUAAACAGUCUUUCGAGUUUUCUCUACAAAAGAAUGAAUCGUCGAUACCAUCUACAGAAACGCCAGUUAUUUUUAAUAAGUCUAUACAACCACCGAAAAGUCAACAUGAUGAUGCAUACGACAAAUCACAUUAUAGUGAGAUCGUUAUUUUUGAUGAUGCCGCUCAAGAUGUGAGCAAAACUCCAGAUCAUGAAUCGUGCUUCGAAACUGUAUCUUGUAUCAAGAAUUUGAAUAAGAUGAAUUACGAAUCUUACAAGCAUCCACAUGAACUAAACACUAUUCAAAUAUCAAAUAAAAAAAAUCAAAAACUAGAGAUAAUGGUUCCUUUUCAAUCGUCUCCCUCAGAUCCACCUAUUAAAAUAUCUUCACAGUCAACACACUUAGUGGAUUUGCCGGCUAUGAAUAAUUUUUCAACAGUUCAGUCACCAUCGUCAUCAUUAUCAUCAUCAUCUUCAUCAACAUUAUCACCACAAUCAUCAAUGAAUUCACCAUCGUCGAUUGGAUCGAAACAAACCAUACCACCGUUAUCAAGUUCCGAUAAACCGCAAUCAUUAGAAUCAUACGCUACAUCAGAUACUUUAAAAGCUGAAUUAAAAGCAUUACUAACAUCGUCACUGAUCAAUUCAAUUAUUAGUCAUAAUUCAAGUGUAACAACUGAUACGAAUGAUUUGAAAAAAUUAUUUAGUUCACAAAGUUAUCUGUUGUCCUCUCUAUCGGGAAUUUAUCGAAAUGCGAAAACUCAAACAACUGAAAUUUCUUCUGAAACCGAAUUACCUUAUCCAACCACAUCUAUUUCUUCAAUUUCCUCUUUAAAUCCUUCACAAUUAUCAUCGAGCCCAAAAAAUGCUCAAUUAAAAAAGCUUUCAGAUAAUACAAGUAAUGAUCAACAGUCAAAUGAAAAUUCCACCGAACAUCCUCUUUGUGAUGUUCAUGCGGAUAAUCAAUCAAUCAACAGUAAUUACUCGAAUAAACUAACUGUGAACAGUGAUUUAAUUCAAACAAUCAAACAACGUAUUCUGAAUAAAUAUAUAAAUGCUAACAAAGAAUGGCUUGUUACUUUAUCUGGUUUAAAUAAUGGUAAAUUAUUACAAACUCAUUCUUCAUCGUCAUCACAUUCAAAGUCAAGUGUAGAAUUUCAUUGUCUCUCUGAAGUAACUGAUCCCAAAGAAAUUGAUUGGUCUGAAACAAGAUCUGAUUCAUCGUCGUUGCGUUCAAAACAAAUUUCCAUAAGUAAAUCUCCUGAAACUCAUGAAAAUUUUUCUUCAUCUCAAACAAUUAGUCCGUUAAGUAUGAUUUAUUCAACACGUUUUAAACCAUUACCACGAUUAGAGGAGGCAACAUCUGAAGAGUCAAUACAUACUGUUCAAGUUACUUCAGAUUUCAACAAUCUGUCGAAUACACCUUCGUCAUGGACAGAUAGUAGAAAAUCAUCAGAAUUCGGUAAUUUAUCUAUUUAUUCUACAAUAAAUUCUAGUACGACGUAUAUGCCUGAUAACUUUGUAAAAAAUGAAAUUACCAAUUCAUCUAUUCAGAACGUACUAAACAACGAAGUUUACUCACAUCAUUUAUCUGAGGAAAAUGAUACAAUUAAACAGUUACUUGAUAACAUUCCAAAUACUCCAGUUGAAUCAAAUAACAAUGAGAUUGUGCCCUGUCUAGGCUCUAAAUUAUCAUCAACAUCUUUUUCAGAGAAAUCAGAUAAUGGGACACUCAAUGUUCAGGAAUUUGGUCUUAAAAUUGUUUCAUGUGCAAUACCUGUUGAUGAUCAGCGUAACAAUGUAAUAACAACAAGUGAAACGCCAGUUAUAAUCAACGCAAUUUCAAGCGAUAAUAUACUCGUCGAAAAUCUUUCUGAGAAUUCUCGACCAUCUAGUCCUGCUGAAGGGGCAGUUAGUAAAUUUUCUCCUAGUUAUCAUCAAAAUGUAAAGUUUAAUGUUUCCGCUUCUUUACCGUCUGUCUUUGUUGAGAGUAUGGAUGGGUGCGAAAAAUAUCAAAGACAAACUGAGACAGUGCAUUGCUCUUCUGAUAAUAAUCUCAAAACAUUUAUGCAAACAAAUGAAACCUCACUCACAGAUUCAUUAAGAUCUUUCGAACGACAUGAGGUUCGCUGUGAUCUGCUGAGUAAUUCAGGAACAUUUACAGCUGGUGGUUUUAAAAAUCAGUUUCCCGAUACAUUAUCUAAUAAUGUUGACGCUAAAAAUGUCUCUUCACCUACUGAUACUUUAAAUAACAAAAAAACAACUGAGAAACCAACAAUUACUCAUAGUAAAUGUUUAAUAAGUAAACAUACAAUAAAAGACUUUAUGAAUAAUCAACGUGAUCGUAUAAAUUCUAACCGUGUUGUAAUUAAAACUUCAAAUACGAGGAAACUAGAUUCAUUUGUAUGUAAUUCGUCUAAGCAAAGAACCACACGCAGUGGGAUUGUUCAGAGUAUGGCUACAAACGGACAAAGAUCUAUAAAAAGUAAACCCUCAAAUGUUAACAAUCCAUCCUCAACUACCCAAAUAAUUCGUAAAUCUUCUUUAAAGUCGGCUAAUGUUACCAAUUUGUUCGUUAAUAAUAAACAGCUUCCAUCCAUACCAGUGUGUACAUCGAAUUCAACUAGAUUAUCUAGUAAACAAAUUAAAACUUCUGAAUCCUACAAUUGUACAAAAUUAAAUCCUUUUAAUCAAGCUAAAGUAUUACAAAUGGAACUAAUACAAUGGCAACAGAAACGCUUAAAAUGUUAUCAAGAAUCACGUAAUAAUGAAAUGGCAAUCUCAACAAAUAAUGUCAUUCCGAAAACAAAUACGAAUUGUAUUUCAAUCGAUGUGGACAAUAAUAUUCCACUUAUAUCAGAUGAUAAUGUUGAUAAUAUUAUUAACUUGAAAAGCAUUCCUGGGAGCAUUCAAAUCAAGAAUGAUCAACAACUACUUGAAAACAACAAAUCAUCGCCCUCAAGUGAUAACGCAGAUCAAACUUCGGUGGAUUUGGCUAUGGUGAAUGAAGAUCAACCAGUGGUGUUUUGUCUUCCAGGAAUUGGUACUUCACAUCCUCCUCUAGCAGUUUGUUCCGGUGAUUUGUCGAUUAUUGAACCAGUAUCUGAAAUGAAUGUUCCGUAAGUUGUAUUUAGGAGUAUUUGUCUUACAUCAUUCUAUGCAGAUUAUGUGUCGAACUUUAACAUAAUAGAUGAAAUUACCAUUUUAUUUAAAUUUGUUCACAAUUGUAUUAUCUCUAUUUCUAUCACUGUUUACCUACUCGAGUAUCAGUAACUUGUAUUAAGUAGUCUGUAUUGUCUACCUGUGAUAAAUAUUUCUUUUCUGGAUCUUUAUACCAUUAACACUGUUACUAAUUCUACUACUCUAGGGUUUACCUUAAAAACUUCAUCUUGCUCUGCUAAUGGGGUAUGGCAACUUGAACCGACGUGCACACGUACCAGAUUUCCUGUUUUAUUUGACUAACUUAAUGAAACUAUUCAUUUAAUAUUGAUAUGUUUGUAAUAUUUUCAAGUUACUUUGGUUGUACAAUGACUUUUACUCUAUUUUUAUAUAACUUUUAGUUGUAAAAAAUAAACAUGACAUCUGUUGAUGAUAUAUUUACUCAGUAUCAGGAUUCUCUAGUAUGCAAUGUUGGGUGACGGUUUUCGUUUAUCAUAGUAAUUCUAGUUAACAGUGGAUAUCAUUUAGAAGUCUUUUUAUUUCACUCAGGAUCACAAUAUUUCAACUGAUAUUAUGAAUCAUAUUUGUGUAAGAGACUAUGGGACGAUCUGAUUUUACACUCAAAUUGAAUCUCAUCAUCAUUUUCACAAGUCUAAAUAUUCAAACCGUUACACUGUACCAUUUACACGAUGACCGAAUAAGUUCAACCAUGUUAAAAGCUAAACAGAUAUCAUUGACGGCACUAAUAUAUGAUUGUUGUACAGUACCACAAAUUGACUGAAGUUGUAAAUGUGGACUAUCAGAUUCUUCAUCUUCAGUUAUUUUCCGUCUUAUGUCAGUUUCGUGAUGAAAACUAACUUGAUAUUGAACAAUUUCCAAACAUACACACAGAUAAACAUUAAGUCAAUAGGCUCAUCAACUAUUUGUAUGCGUGAUAGUUUAUGACUAUCAAAACAAAUUAAAAAGUUUAAUCUCAUAAUACUGAUAGUUAUUAAAUCUUUAUUACAGAAGUACUAAUCACUUAUAUGCUUGAAAUAAUUAAUAAUAACAGUUAGUGUCGUUCGCGGCUAGUUCAUUUAGUGGUAUGUUGCCAUUUUGUGCUGCAAACUUUAGAUUAGUGGUCUAAUAAAAUACUGGUGUUUUCUUGUGGAUCUGGGAUUCAUAACACACUUUAAAGGUUACUGUCUGAGGUAACUGAUUAUAGUUUACAUCUAAGUUGUUAAUAAUAAUAUUAAUUAAUACUUAGACGGAAAAGCUUGUUUUAGUCAAAUUUUUUAAAGUAUUACUCAACUACUUAUUUUUUCAGGUAAGUCACUGCCAGUAUGAUUAUAUAUAUUUAAAUUAUGUUCUCGAAUAAUGUUUUUUUGUCUAAAUAUUUCUGAGCUAUUUGGUUGUCUCCCUGACCUUUGAUUAUUUACUUGAAUUUAGUGACGACCCAACAACACCAGUCAUUGAACAUCCUAAUAAUGUAAAUUUUCCGUUGACUUCAGCAAUACCACCUCCUGAUGUUUCCAUUCAUGUUUCAAAAUCAGACAGCCAUAGUGUUAAAAAAAUUAGUACCAUAUCGUGCACACCGGUGUCAUCAUCUAAAUCAUACGAACGGAAUGACACAGUUUUGUUUAAUUACGAUCGUCAUCAGCAGGCUCAUGCAAAUCGCCAACGUGUAAAAGAAUUUGAUCGUGUAAGUUUCUUUUCUCAACAAUGUAAAUCUUUCACUGGUGAGUGAAAAUUUCGGUGUGUUAUAAUAACAAUUUUAUAUAUUCAAACAAUUCAUAUGUUGAAGUGUUUCUAAAGUUGUUUCUCAUUGCAGUAGAAUAUCUUACCACUUGAAUUGUAACUUAAUAUUAGUCCUUAGCAAAUAAACUACGGACAACAAUAAAAACAAUUUCAUUAUCAUAUUUGCUAUCUGAUGAUGGAACUGUACUACCAUUAAGGAUACUACCGGUUAGUUUAAUUUCUAAGAUUUGUUAAAUUUUCCUACGUUAGAUGCAUAAUUAAGUUGAAUCUUUUCAUUCUUCUCAAUUUUUCAUCCGUUUUUCUGUUGUUUAGAUUCGCCGCGAACAAUUAAUGAAACGAAGAGUAUAAACCAGACUAAUGUUUAAUAUUAUUACUUUUUAAGCUUCAGUUAUUAUAUAUGAUUUACACUAUUCAAGAUUCAAUUGAAAACAUUAUUAUUAUAUUUGGAUGUUUUUAUCC